ACGUGACAUUGAGCGUUUCGGGAGGUUCGCUUCAGCUGAUCCCGUUACAUUUAGAAAGAUGGCCAGUAGUCCUGCUUAGGGGCUGAAGUUCUUUCUCUUAUCUAAAGACAAAAUACGUUGUAAGCAAACGUGGAGAGACAAAGGCGUUGAAAAGAAACGGAAGAAGUAUGCCUAGAUUGCUAUAACUCUUUAAAAUGGCCAUACGGGAAUUAAAAGUGUGUCUUCUAGGAGAUACAGGAGUGGGCAAGUCUAGUAUUGUAUGUCGUUUUGUACAAGACCAUUUCGACCACAACGUCAGUCCAACGAUAGGGGCAUCGUUUUUAACCAAGACGGUCCCGUGUGGACACGAACUACACAAGUUCCUCAUCUGGGACACAGCGGGACAGGAAAGGUUCCACUCGCUGGCUCCCAUGUACUACCGAGGCUCUGCCGCCGCUGUCAUAGUCUAUGACAUCACCAAACUGGACUCUUUCCAGACACUGAAGAAAUGGGUGAAGGAGUUGAAGGAGCACGGUCCUGAGGACAUCAUUGUAGCCUUGGCAGGGAACAAGAAAGAUUUGGGGGACAUCAGGGAAGUUCCUAUGAAGGAAGCUAAGGACUUUGCUGAGUCUAUUGCAGCAAUCUUCAUGGAGACCAGCGCCAGAAACGCUGUCAAUGUGGAGGAGCUCUUUCAGAAGAUCAGUAAACAGAUUCCGCCUCUGGAGAAUCCAGACGUUGACAGCAACGAGUCCUUCAAGAUAACCCGGCAUCCAUCUAACAAACUCUGCUGCUAGUAAGACUACUGCUGAGUCCCAAAUAGACCCCGAGCACCCUACCCUCGCCUAGACCAUAGCACCCUACCCCCCCCCUAACACAGAGUCACUGCUCUCGAUAGGACAGGUGAAUGAUCCACCUAUCUAGCUUAUCUGACGUCAACUUGGAGAUAUCACCACGUUUUCUCUUGGAUCUACAUGAAGAUUUAGGGAGUAAGGAGUCGGUUCAGAAUUCAGCAUCAGAUUUGCCAGUGAGAUUAUGGAUUCAACUACUCAUUGUCCACCUCCACACAGUCCACCAUGCAUAUACAGUGCAUUGGUCUCAGGGGAGAGGAGGAGGACAACAUGGCUUUGGCUUGUGAUAGAUCAGACCCUCUCACCUGUAGCAUAGUAACCAGCAUUCCAGGACCAGAAACCACCCCUAUAACCCAUAGAAAGAUACAGUAACCCAUAUAAGGAUACAGUAAGCCAUAUAAGGAUACAGUAACCCAUAGAAAGAUGCAGUAACCCAUAUAAGGAUACAGUAACCCAUAUAAGGAUACAGUAACCCAUAGAAAGACGCAGUAACCCAUAGAAAGACGCAGUAACCCAUAUAAAGAUACAGUAACCCAUAUAAGGAUACAGUAACCCAUAGAAAGAUACAGUAA